GUGUGUGUGUUCGUGUGUGUGCGUGUGUGUGUGUGUGUGUGUGUGAAGCAUCAUGGCGGCUGCUCAGGACUCCUCUCUGUUUCUGGGUUUUGACUUCAGCACUCAGCAGCUGAAGGUGGUGGCGAUGGAUGAGAGCCUGAACGUGGUUCAUCAGAACAAUGUGCAGUUUGACUCAGAUCUACCUGAGUUUAGGACUCAGGGAGGGGUUCAUAUCCACGCUGACAGACUGACGGUGACCUCGCCUGUCCUCAUGUGGGUGAAGGCUCUGGACAUGCUAUUGGACAAGAUGAAGGAGGCGGGGUUUGAUUUCUCGAGGGUUAAAGCGCUCUCAGGCAGCGGACAGCAACACGGCAGUGUGUUCUGGACCAGAGGAGCGUCUGAGACUCUGAAGAACCUCCAACCGGACCAGAGCCUGGAGACACUGCUGCAGGGCAGCUUCUCAGUGCUGGCCUCUCCUGUGUGGAUGGACUCCAGCAGCAGGAAGCAGUGUGACGCUCUGCAGGAAGCAGCAGGGGGCGCUCUGAGGCUCGCUCACAUCACCGGCUCCACCGCCUAUGAGCGUUUCACAGGAAAUCAGAUUGCUAAACUCAGAGCGACGCGACCCGAGGAAUUCCAGAAAACUGAGAGGAUCUCGUUGGUCAGCAGCUUCGCGGCGUCUCUCUUCCUCGGAGGUUACGCCGCCAUCGACUACAGCGACGGCUCGGGGAUGAACCUGCUGGACAUCCGGAGCAGAAACUGGUCUCAGA